AUGAUGGUGCAAAAGAUGGAGAGUUCAGAGGAAAUGCUACAAAGAGUCAUAGACGAGCUCAACUCGGGAGAAGAUGCAGAGAUCAUGCGGCAAAUCAACGCCACGAUCCGGCACACCACAGCCAAACAUCAACAAAAGGUGAAUGAAUUGACCAAGAUCAACAAACAGCUCACAUACGACAUCCAGCAGAAGCAGAAAGAGAUCAAUUUGCUCAAUCAGAUAAACGACUACAAUCACGAAUUGAUUGAAGCGAAUUCCAAAAUCGCCGGUUUCACGCCGUCUUCACCCAUUGAUAGAUCGUUGAACGUGUUUCAAAACAUCCAACUACGAAUGGAUGAGAUGGAGAAUUUGCGGAUGAAGUUGAUUAAUGAGUCGAGGGUCAUCAAUGCUGCCAUUACAAACUCGCGCAAUACUCAAAGCGUGCUAAACCAGGAAUACAGUCUGCUACAGGAUGAAUUGAAUAACCCCGAGCAGGAACUUGGAGAUCCGCAGCAGAUUCUCGAAAAUGACACUCAAAUUCAAAAGAUCAGCUUGUUUCGGCAGUUGGGCGUAAAGGUGGUUACAAUGAGUGAUGAACUGGCUCCAUCAUCAUCAACAACACCAACGAUGGAGCUGGAUGUUGUGGUAUUGAACAGCGGGGACCGUGCGACUACGCUAACUAUUGGGCCUGAGUUAUCAGACAAGGAGAUUGCAGAUUUGAUCUGGGAGAACUUGUGA